CAACCGACUGUACUGGUACUUGGACGAGAGACAACAACAAGGAUAAGAAGGAGAGGUGGUGCCGCAGUAAAGGCAAUGCCCUGAGUGCCCAUCCCCGUACCCUCUGCAACGGAAUUUUUGGUCCAGUUUACCUCAGAGCACCUUUUAGAGCAUUUUUAUUCAAGAGAUCAAGCGCGUGAGACGAUAAAAUGACUGCAGGAACGGAAAGCCUUGUCGGCCGACGCCUUGUUGUUGAGAGCCUCAAGUCGCUAGCCGUGUGCCUACUUUUCCUUCAAGCUUUUGCAAGUGGGUCUGCCCUUAAAGAACCGUAUGGCGUGGAGCUGGGUGACUUUGAAGACCGAACCGGGCUUGGCGUCACUGGCAAGGUCUACGCGGUUGAUGAAAAGAAUCUGUACAUCAAGGACUUCACCUAUGAUGGCAAGGAGGAUGCCUUCUUCUGGGUCAGAACUGAUGAAAAUCCCUCAACGGAAGGCAUUAUUGUCAAAUAUCCGGAAGGAGCAAAUAAUACGGAAGAGCCCCGGAAGCUUCCUGCGUUGAACAACGUCAGCUUUUUACUCAGGCUGCCGCAGAACACAACUAUUAGGAGCAUCAAGUCCCUGGCUGUUUGGAACCAGGAGAAAACUGAAAGUCUUGGAAGCGUGGUCAUUCCAAAGGAUGUGGCUGUGCCCAUGCCUAAAGUGCUGCCUGAGUUUUCACGGCUCGCACACGACCUGCGCUCAGGCAACGUCACUAUCCUGGACGCCAGGACCUUCCUAAUUCCCGACCUGCAUUACGACGGUAAAGGACCUGACGCCUACUUCAUGGUCGGAACUGGGAGCAAGCCUCACGGCAAGGGCACCAAAGUCCCCAACGAGCUCGGAGAUUUGAAUGUGCUGCGCGCCUACAGAGGUCAAACCAUUGCAAUCCAGCUGCCAGAAAACCUGACCGUCUAUAACAUCGACUGGCUGGUCAUGUGGUGCAUCCAGUACAAGCACAAUUUCGGAUAUGUUACAAUCCCCAAGGAUCUCAAUGUUCCACCUGCCUUGGGACAAAACAAGAUUGGGGUUCUUGUCGCAGGGGCAACACACCACCAUUUGACUUUCUCCGCUGCGCUUUUGUCUCUUGCGACUUUUAUAAUUAUGUAUUAAUUGGCUUUACUACUCAGAUGACCGUCUUUCACCUGACGGGCCUUCAAAAAAUUAUUUUUAGCGUACGCUUUUUGUAAGACCAAAACAACUAGUCUUGAUCUAAAUCUCAAAUAUAUAAAAACAGGAUAAUAACCAAAGCGAAACUGUUUAAAAACUGCACUGUACUAACGAUGGGUAAUAUUUUACAGUAAAAAGCAUCAACUAAUUACUUCGCAUAGGUAUUAAAACAAGAUGCGCUCACAAAUCUUAUUAGUCUGAUCCAACUGAGUUGGAUAUAUGUGCCCCUUGAUUGCUUUUAAAUAAAUUGGUUCGCUUCGGACAUCUUAAGAAUAAAAUUUUUAAUUAAAGAAAACCA